UGCGGCGUUGAAACGGCGUCGGAUAUCAAUUUGGAGGUCUGCUGGUGAUGGGCGAUGAGAAGUCGUCGUCUUCGAUCGUAAUGGCGAGCAGAGACAGGGAACCGCGAGAUCGUGAGCUUCUCAUUCCGGUGGCGGACUCCGGCGACGAAGAUGCAUCGUCCAAACCCUCCUCGUCUUCCUCCUCCUCCCACCACACCGGCCGCGAGACGUUUUCCAAAGUUGUUAGAAGUUGGGCAUCAAAAAAGUUCAUGACAGGAUGUGUGAUCCUAUUUCCAAUAGCGAUCACUUUCUAUAUCACGUGGUGGUUUAUUCACUUUGUGGAUGGUUUCUUCUCUCCAAUCUACGCUCAACUUGGAAUCGACAUUUUUGGUCUUGGAUUUGUAACUUCUAUUACAUUCAUAUUUCUUGUUGGGGUGUUCAUGUCAUCAUGGUUGGGUGCAUCUGUCCUCGGCCUUGGAGAGUGGUUUAUCAAAAGAAUGCCGUUUGUUCGUCAUAUCUACAAUGCCUCCAAGCAGAUUAGUUCUGCUAUAUCCCCAGAUCAAAAUACACAAGCUUUCAAGGAAGUGGCCAUAAUAAGGCAUCCACGUAUUGGUGAAUAUGCAUUUGGGUUCAUCACUUCAUCCGUUGUCCUUCAGAGCUAUUCUGGAGAUGAAGAGUUGUGCUGUGUUUAUGUUCCCACGAACCAUCUUUACAUUGGUGAUGUGUUCCUAGUCAACACCAAGGAUGUUAUCAGACCAAAUUUAUCUGUACGGGAGGGAAUUGAAAUUGUUGUGUCUGGAGGCAUGUCAAUGCCCCAGAUCCUGUCAACGCUCGAUCCAAGGAUCAUGCCAGUUGAAGCUGAGGGAAGGCGUUAGAUGUAGCUAACUUGCUCUUUAAUUUGAUUACCUUAUUUGGUUCUGCAAUGUCA